UCCUUCUCAGUGAUACUGCUAGAGCUCGAAUCGAACGGACAGAAUAAACGGUAGUGUGAAAUCGCAUUUCCCCAGGGAAAUGGAUAUGGUCAAGAAGUGUCUCUGGAUCGGAGGCCUCCUCCAUCUGGUGGUGCUCCUCUGUUGCAAGACAGCGACGGCCUCACCCGAAGGGAUUAAUAUCUACAAAGACAUACUCCGCGGGAAGAACGAAGAGGACGAGUUUGCUGUGAUUGUCAACGAGGAGAUCAUGCCUAAGUUAGCAUUUUUCAGGACACCUCUGUAUUCGCUACCGGAUAUCAACGGGGGUGAAGUAUUGGGCAAACGGACCGUCAAUAAGUACAAGAAUAUGAUGCUCAACAAGGACGAUGUUGAUGAUCACGAACAGAGCAAGGAAGCAGCUCCUUUUUCCUUCCCACGUGUAACUCCCAAAAGAUCACCGGGCGCAAUACUCAGCUGGGCAAUUCCCGCAGCAAAUAGGGUUCGGCUUGUGAACACCUACAGACCUCCAGGGAUAGACCGACCGGCAGCUUAAACAAUGCCACAACUCACAACCAAUCAACGGAGAGGCCCUUGCCAUGUUAUCACUCUUGCUUCACCCCCUCAUAUAAAACUUGGUAAUGUUAACACAAGCAAAAUUUAACAUCGAUAUGAAUUUGUAAAAAUUUUGUUACAUCAAUAAAGUUGGUCGAAUUAGGAAGUUCAAACACACAAAUAUAUGGACUAUAUUUUA